AUUGCCCUUUUAGAUUUUGGAAAUAUUAUAAUGGAUAAAUGGGAUAGCUUUCUGAUGCAAUCAUCUUCAAACACUACCUACCUAGUAAAAAAAUGGCAGAAAGAAGCAAACCAAGCUUUUGGGUUUGUAAUAAAUAAUUUAUAUAUUAAAAAAAGAAGCAAAAGAGAAAAAGUGAUAUUUUGAAAAUUGGGCUGCUUUGCUUUGAACUUGGAGAAAGGGGAAGUGUGGUCUCCUCCCUCAAGUUGUUGGAAGCCAAUGAGUGAUUCACGUUUUAGAUCAAAUCGAGACCAGAGAAGCGUAGAGAUAAAGAAGAGGAAUUCAUAGAUGGAAUGGAAUAACUCAAAAAGCAAUAGAAUGGCAAGCUGUGCGAUUAAAGGAGGCUGCCCCAGUGACUACAUAGCCAUUGUUGUAUCGACCCUUUGCAUGAUUCUGCUUCUGUCUCGAUUAAUUGUUCCCUUUGCUGUUCACAAGAUUCCUCGUUCGAAAGGCAGUGGAUUCUGGAUUCCAACCCUUCAAGUUUUUGCUAGUUUUAAUCUUAUAUUGUCAUUAGUGCUUUCAGACAAUUUCCUGACAUACAAAAGGAGAUAUUGGUGGCAAUCUUGCUAUGUUUGGGCAGUCUGGAUUGAGGGUCUAUUUGGUUUCGGUUUGUUGUUGAGCUGUCGCAUAACGCAGACCUUCCAAUUAUAUUACAUUUUUGUCAAGAGGUGUCUACCACCAAUCAGAUCUUAUAAUUUCCUACCACUAAUUCUCUUGCCAUGGAUUGCUGUCUCUGCAUUUAUACAUAUCAGAAAACCUUUGAAUUAUCGGUGUCAUAUGGGAUUUCAAUGGAUAAUCCCAGUCGUGUCACUCCAUGCUCUAUAUGUUAUUGUUUUGGUUGGCUUCACUGGAGCCAUCCGACAUAUCGAGUUCAGGUUUGAUGAACUGAAAGACCUCUGGAAUGGAAUACUUGUUUCAGCCUCUUCCAUCGGUAUUUGGGUUGCUGCUUACAUUCUAAAUGAAAUUCAUGAUGAUAUCUCAUGGCUUCAAGUUGUUUCCAGAUUCCUUCUACUGGUUAUGGCAGGUAUUCUUGUAUUGACUUUGUUCUCUAUAUCAAGCUCACAACCUCUGCUCUCACAAAUAAGCUUAAGGAGGACUAGGAGGGAACCUCUAGAAUUUGAUUCAAUGGGCAAAGCUCUAGGCAUAACUGACAGUGGGCUACUGCUGCAAAGGGAACUAACUGCAGUAAUAAAUCCCACCGAACCACUCAACGAACUUCUUCUUAACAAAAGGUUUCGACUUUCCUUCAUGGCAUUUGCAGACAGUUGUUUGGCAGGGGAGAGUGUGCAUUUUUACGACGAGGUACAAGAACUUGGUAAAAUACCUGUAGAGGACCCUGUUAGAAGGAUUUACAUGGCAAGACAUAUUAUUGAAAAGUACAUAAAACCAGGAGCAUCAAUGGAAGUUAACAUAUCCCAUCGAUGUCGACAAGAAAUUUUGACCACAUCCAAUCUGGCUGAUCCACAUCUUUUUGGCAAUGCAUUAAAUGAGCUAAUACAGUUGAUGAAAAUGAACUUGGGAAAGGAUUACUGGUCAUCAAUGUUCUUCAUGAAGUUCAAAGAAGAAACUAGCAUGAGAUCAAACGACUGCAAUUUAGAGCAGAUGACAGGAUGGAGUUACUCUCCCAGGUUGAGUGAAGUGCAUGGAGUUGAUGAUCCCUUCCAUCAAGAACACUUUUCAAAGGGCUCUAGUUGUAUAUGAUUAAAGGAUACUGAACCUUGCAACAAAGAAGAAAAAGAAGAUGUUUUUCUGUAUAAAAACUGUGCAGAGAUGAUUAUUUAUUUGAUUAUACAGCUUAGGGCCACUUACUUAAACUGUAUUAAACUACUCAUUUUUGUCACAUAUUAUACGAAGCUAUAUAGUAGCACCUGAGCUGUUGGUCUCUGUUGGGUAAUUAAAACAUAGGUACUUGGGACCAGUGAGUCAGUGACCCCACAAAAAUUAAAGAGAGAAAAGUGUCAUACAAUACAAUAAAGGAGGUCAAUUUUUGCAUUGAUUCUAUCAUUCUAUAUAGGUGGUGCCGUGGUGGUACAUUUAGAGUUUCUGUCAGCACUUUAACACUGAAAAAAGUGUAGUUGAAACUUGAAAAAGCUUCACAGGCUUUGCAAUUUAGUGAUGGAUCUACCGAUUUAUUAAUGCUUCUGUGGCAUACUUGGUUGCUCACAUUGAAUUGUAUUUGUCAUUCAACCAAUUCCUGACAUCUUAAAUUAUGUGGCAUUGUUUCUAAACUACACUACUCACUACUCUAUCACUUUUGUAUUUGAUCUUAUACAAAAGGAGAAAAGAGAUGUUAAAAGGCACCGGUUGCACUCACUUGUAGUCCUCCCAAGUCCCAACAAAAAAUAUUAUAUGUAUUUUUGUAUGUUUUUGUAAUUUGGCUCUCAAAUUAUUUUUUCUUACAA